AAAUCUGCUUUGUUAAAAUAAUUUGUUUUAAGAGUCGAGGGCGAUGUCGAAGAAGAAAAAAGUUAAAGGCGAAACAAAACGCCACGUAACGCAAAAAUCUAAGAGGCCCAAUGUGAAGGGGAUAAAGAAACAGGAACGUAAGAAAAUUAAGCAUUUUGGCUUACAGAAGAUAAAAAAUAAACAAAAUAUUAAAGAUAAUGUAUCGAGGUUCAAACCUAAAUUAGGUAUUCAAAACAAUGUUAAGAUUGGGUCAACGAAUAAUAAAACUGUUAAUGUUCCGCGUAAGUGUAAAAGUAACGAGAAAAUUGUAAAUAAAAAUUCCGCAACUGUGAGAAACGUAAAUGUAGUUAAAAAAUUAAAUAUAAAUAAGAUUAAUGCUAUGCUUAAUGCAAAUGAUAAUCAAAUGGGUUUCAAAGAUAAGAGAAAAUUACAGGUUCUAUCGCUGAGAGAGCGAAUGUUAUCUCAUUUAAGGUCGUCUCGAUUUAGAUAUUUGAACGAGCAGAUGUAUAAUAAUACGAGUUCAGAGAGUAAAGUAUAUUUUCAAGGUGAUCCGCAAGCAUUUUAUGCUUAUCACGAAGGAUACAAACAACAAGUAGCAAGAUGGCCAAUAAAUCCGUUGAAUGUCAUAAUUGAAUCUAUUUCUAAAAUGUAUGCUCUCGUUUCUUAUUUACAUCACAAACUACUUAUAAAAUUACUCACUUAUCAUAAAUAUCAUAAUAUUAAUUUUUUUUUUUUACUUAGGCCUGACAAUUAUGUUAUAGCGGAUUUUGGUUGUGGCGAUGCGAAACUCGCAAAUUCUGUUUCCCAUACGGUUCAUUCCUUCGAUUUGAUUGCUAUGAACGAUAAAGUAAAAGCCUGCGAUAUGGCUCACACCCCUCUUCUCACGGGACAUAUCAAUGUCGUUGUGUUUUGCCUCUCUCUCAUGGGCUCGAAUCUCAAAGAUUAUUUAUUAGAAGCUAAUCGUGUUCUUGGAAUGAACGGCAUCCUCAAGAUAGCAGAAAUUGAAAGUAGAUUUAAUAAAAUAGAUAACUUUAUUAAAUUAAUGUCCAAUUAUGGAUUUGUUAACACUUGGCAGGACUUAUCUAAUAAUUUAUUUUAUUUUUUGGAUUUUAAAAAGACAAAAGAUAUUUUAAGAAAAGAUGUAAAUAAGCUUCCAGAGUUAACACUGAAAUCUUGUUUGUACAAGAAGAGAUAAAUUUUUAUUUUAUAUAAUUAAUAAUAAAUC